CCGAUCAUCUAUGAACUCCGUACAGUCUUGUCAAAAACGCCAUUAAAAUUACUCAAACUUAUAUUAUAUUAUGUACUUUAUUUUAUUUAUGUAAUCAUGUGUUUUAAUGUUCAAUUAGAUAAUUUUAUAGUGUUAUUAUUGUGUGCAAGUGAUUGCUAGUCGCAAAAUGUAAAUGUGUGCACUUAUUCAUAUGUUUCUUGAAGUAGUGUUAUUUGAGGUUAUGUUUCAUUAGAAAUAGGAAUACGUAUCGCGCCCGCCCGCUACCACGUGUGAGUGCCCUCACACACGCCAACUCUUUUCAAAAUUUAAAACGUGUUCAAAAUGGCUGGAAAGGAGAAGAAGCCGAAACUAAGUGAAUCCCCAUCCACCAAAUCUACAGAGACCCCGACCACUACACCGAAAACUGGUGGCCGCAAAAGACGCACUGCCGUGAGUUCCUCUGUUCCCCCAGACGAAACUUCGAAUGCAUCUGAAAUGGAAUCAGUUCAGAGCACCGAAGAUGAUGUUGCUGAAGAGGCAAGCAGUGGCAAUGUUGCAGUGUCUGAUGAAUCUCCAACGACAGGUGGUAAAAAGGGAAAAACUGCUGCAAAGAAUUCUACCGAAGAGAUAAAUGCCGACGAAGCUCCAAAUGAUGAAACCGCCAAAGUGACUAAAAAAGUAGCAAAGAAAGGGCCCGCAAAAAAGAAAUUGGGAUUAGUUAAAAAUUCAAUCGUUAUCGGUAAACGUAAGACUGCUUUGGGUGUAACUGUUAAAAGAGCUAAUAGGAGGAAAAGGAGACAUAGCGCGGGCGAAGACACAAAACCGAAGAUGUUGCGUAAUGGAAAGCCGAGAGCAGACAGUCCAAGUGCUAAGAAAAGACGACCCAGGUUAAUGAGCGCUACUGUAGCAGAGCCAGUUUCGGGUGUUAAGUCUUUGCCUCAACAAGCUGCUAAAAUUGAAGCACCAUCUUCGGAUUCUGAAGUUUCUAGGCGACGCAGACGAUCCGAUUCUUUAUCUAAAUGCUCUGACACAACAGAUACAAGUAGUUUUUGUGACCAGUUCUUGGUACAAAAAUCACCAAAUAAAAUUACUGCCAAUGUUGAAAAUAAUAAUGAUACGAAUGCAGAUACAGAUUCCAAAAUGCCCGACAAACUGAAAAUUCUGGACAAAAUGUCACAAAAUUUUAAUACUGAAACCCCUAAUGAUGCUCAAGUAAUUGACACAGCGAAGUUUGUAAGGAGAAGUACCCGACAACGAAGGAGUGUUGUCACACCUACGCCACCUCUUAUACAAAUUAAAAUCGAACCUAAGGAGGAAGAACAUUUAGUCAUAAAUCCGAUGGAAAUACCACUGGAUGAAGUGUCGCUGUUGGCUGAUCCUUCUCCUCCUAUUUUAAUUAAAGCGGAUUCUGUCAGUCCCGAGCCUGCUCCAGAAAAUCCGACACAAAGGGCCAUGCACGUAAAACAGUUUUACGGUCAACCUGCGUUUAUGGAAAACAAUGUUGGAAUUGAAAGUGAUCCUAGUUUAGGUGAAAUAAUUACCCAGGCACCUGUUUUAGAUAAGGAAAUGCCUUUAGUAACAACUGCUUCUGAUUUGGUUAGCGAAAACUUGAAAGAUGACACUGUCGCCGACAUAGUUGAAGCGUCUAUGGAAAUCGAUGAAGCGAAAGCAUACGAUAGUAAUACCAGUGUAGAUGUUGAAACAAUUAAAGACUUGGUUCAAACUCCUAUGUUGACUUCAUCUCAAGAGCCUAUUCUAAUAUCUCAGACCGUUGAUACUGAAAGUGAUGUAGACGUGGAACGAUUAGAUGACUUUGGUCCUGGAGAUAUCUCCAUGGAAGAUAACUUAACGCCUAGCAUUUCACAAGUAUCUCAAGCAAAAUCAGAUCAAGAUUUAUUUCAAUCUACUGUUACAAGCGAUAAUUUAAGCUUAGGAGAGAAUAUUAAAAAAUUAGAAGUCAUUGAAGAAUUGCAGCCUCCCAUUCUGGUUGCUGAAGAAGAACUCCUACUGACAAAAGAGAAGAAGUGAAAGAAAACUUGAGACCUAAUGAGAAGACUGAAGAUGUCAAAACCACUGAUGUCAAAAACAUAGAUAUGAAAAAAUCUGAAACACCGCCACCUGUAUUGGUAUCUCUUAUGGACGA